AUGGACCAACCUACUCUCCCUAUUCCGAUCUCUUUCAUUUCUGGUAGAUACCUACUAUUCUCCAUUGACGAUGUCACGUAUUUAAGACGUGAAUACCACACGUGUGGUGUGUUGAUCGGGACUCUACCACAAAUCCCACAACAGAAUGUCUUCUUGGGUUUGCCGCUCGAGCUGAUGCCCGAGGAAGCGCGGCUGUUGGUGGACAAGGGUGUAGCUUGCAUUGUAGACGAAGCCAAGGCACACAUUGGCAUGCAAUCUCUUCUAGAAGAGGAUCGCCAACAGUACCUACGCGAAUUAGAAUCCACGGGCCUCCACGCUUCACGCAUCCUCACGGAACGCAAAGAUCAGCAAAGAGACCAAUGGAUGAAAGAAAAGAAUGAGAAGAAGGCUAAGGCUCAAGCCAAGGCAGCUGCCCAAGCAGCUGGUGGUGAUAAACCCGACUCCAUCCCAGCGGCAACGGAGAGCCCAGCCUCUGUGGCAGACUUUUUCAAGGACGAUCCUACCUCCCGAGAGGCCUCUUCUAGCAUUGUUCCUCAGCAAGCCCACCGCGUGACCCCAACGACAUCCUACCCUCCGCUUCCUCGUCCGUCUACGUCGUCCAAAAAUAUCCUUCCGAGACCCGAUGUCCCUCUUUCAUACCCGCUCUUUGCUCAUCUGCAAUCGCGCGGUUACUUCCUUUCGCCUGGCCUGCGUUUUGGAUGUCAAUAUGUGGCGUACCCAGGUGAUCCUCUUCGAUUCCACUCUCAUUUCCUUGUUGUCUCUGCCGAAUGGGACCAGGAGAUUGAUAUAAUGGACAUCAUCAUUGGCGGCCGAUUGGGUACCGGUGUCAAGAAGGGUUUCCUUCUGGGCGGACCUCAGGUUUCAAGAGAGCAAGCCGAAUCUGAGAUCGAGCGUACCGAAAGUGUACGUACAUUCAGCAUCGAAUGGGCUGGUAUGUAG